AUGUGCCCCAUCCCUUUUCUCAAUCUCGAGAAGUCCGUGAAUGAAGAAAGUCUGGGAGCAAAGCAGAAAGCGCAGGAACUAGAGCUGGACCGAGGUCAAGUGCAGAACAUGUCCCUCCUACUGUUAAUCUUGAGCCUGGAAUUGCAGUUUCGUCAGACAGCAGGUAAGAAAGAACAAAGGGAGAGGCCUGAGAUCGGAAACCAUCGGCCCCUAGCCAAAGCCAAUCACAGGACUGCAAUCCUCGGGCUGAGAGCUUUCUUUGAGAGGCAGAGUCCCAUUACAAAGACCCAGAGUGAAAGUGAAUACAAGUGUGCAUUGGUUCCAAAACAUGGAAUCUUACAAGAAAUCCCUCUUCACAAGUAUUAUCCCAAGGUCUUUUCCACCCAGCCCCGCAAGAACAGAUGUCGAAGCAAACUCAGCCAGGCCAUCGCCUUCAAAGACUUGCAGGAGUGUGGGAAGAAAAGCUUGACUCCUAAGAUAACUGCAAUAGGAAUCAUCCAAGCAGCAGAAAACCCAGAAGUUCCUUAUACUGGGACAUUUGGUCAGGAAAUGGCCCGUCUUGCUUUAUUCACAGUGACGGUCCCUAAGGAACUGUACACAGUAGACCACGGCAGCAAUGUGACCCUGGAGUGUGAUUUUGACACCGGACGUCCCGUGGAACGCGGAGCAAUAAAAGCCAGUUUGCAAAAGAUGGGGAACGAGACGUCCUCCCAGGGCGGAAGAGCCACCUUUCUGGAGGAGCAGCUGCCCCUGGGGAAGGCCUUGUUCCACAUCCCUCGGGUCCAAGUGGGGGACGCCGGGAAGUACCGCUGCCUGGUCAUCUGCGGGGUGGCCUGGGACUACAAGUACCUGACUCUGAAGGUCAGAGCGUCCUACAAGAAAAUAAUCACUCGCUUCCUAAAGGUCCCGGGGACAGAAGAAGUGGAGCUCACCUGCCAGGCUGAAGGCUAUCCCCUGGCAGAAGUGUCCUGGUCCAACGUCAGUGUUCCUGCCAACACCAGCCACACCAGGACUCCUGAAGGCCUCUACCAGGUCACCAGUGUUCUGCGCCUAGAGCCAAACCCUGGAAGAAACUUCAGCUGUGUGUUCUGGAAUGCAGACGUGAAGGAACUUACUUCAGCCAUCAUUGACCCUCAAAGUCAGGCGGACCCCGGGGCCUCCACGACUCCGCUGCUCCACGCGCUGGUCCCUUCCUGCGCCAUCGCCUUUGUCUUCACAGCCACGGCGACGGUCCUCAGAAAACGACUCUGCCGAAAACUGUAAUCCAGGAAAGACACAACCAAAAGAUCUGUCACCACAAUAAAGAGGGAAGUGAACACAGCUGACUCUCCCGGACAUGCCACAUCCUCCAGCAAAGCCAGACGUCCAUUGGUUCUCAAGUCACCUCAUGCUGCCCUCUCCUCCCAGAAUUCCCCCUUUCUGGGGCAUCAGUUCUCCCUGGAAAAGCCUGUCCAUCCUGCAGGCACCUGCUCCGCCAGUGAAGAUUUUCUGGUUUUCUCCAACUGA